CGCAACUCCCGCGUGGGAAGCAUAUAAACCAGCCUCAGCCAUGCCGUCGCCAACUGGUAGAACCUAAGACGCUCGUCUCUCGACUACAUCGCUCGCCUUGAUCGCUUUCGCGUCCCUGCUCGUAUUGGCCUCUCCGGAAGGAGUCGUGCCCGCCAUGAAGAACGUCUGCUACCUGGCGGCCCUGGCCCUGGCCCUGGCAGGCCGAGGCGCCCUCGCUCAAUCCGACUUCGAGGCCGACAACUUCAACGCUACCGACGCCCUGUUCAAGCAAGGGAUCGACGUCAACACCCUGCCAGGGUUCGACGAGCUCCGAAAGAGCCAGGACAGCAGUGCUCCUUUGGAGAAGCGCGGCUGUUUUUCUUGCACCGUGGCUUGCGACUCCCUCAAGCUGCUUUAUGGCUCCGAGAAGGUCCUCCUGAAGGACAAGGACGGCUACAGCGAUUUUGUUGGCGGCUACUGGUCCGACAACCAGGCCCAGGUCCGGCCCGCCUGCGUCUUCAAGCCCACGUCGGGCCUCGAGGUUUCCAGCGCCGUACUGCUGUCCCGCGUGACCCGCUGCCCCUUUGCCGCCAAGAGCGGCGGCCACGCGGCCUUUGCCGGCGCCUCGAGCAUCGAGGACGGCGUCACCAUCUCGUUCGCCAACAUGAAGGACGUGACCCUCUCAGCCGACAAGAGCAUCGCGUCGGUGGGGCCCGGCAACAUCUGGGGCCCCGUGUUCGAGGAGCUGGCCAAGUCGGACUUGACCGUCAUCGGCGGCCGGCUCUACAACAUCGGCGUCGGCGGGCUGACGACGGGCGGCGGCAUCUCGUACUUUUCCAACACGUUCGGCUGGGCCGCGGACAACGUCGAGAGCUUCGAUGUCGUCACGGCCUCGGGCCUGAUCGUGCGCGCUAGCGCUACCGAGUAUCCAGACCUGUACAAGGCCCUCCGCGGCGGUGGCAACAACCUGGGCCUCGUCGUCAACUUCAACCUGCAAACCGUGCCGCUGCCCGGCGGCAAGAUGUGGGGCGGGUCAAAAGUCCACACCGAGGACAAGUUCCCCGAGGUCGACCGCGCCUUCGCCAACCUCAUCGCCAACUCGGCCGAUGACACCAAGGCGGGGCUCUGGCUCGUCCACUACCAGCAGGCGCCGGGCGUCAACCUGGCCCUCACGACACUGUGGCACGCCGACCCCGACGGCGGGAACAAGCCCAUCUUUGCCGAGUUCAACGCCAUCGCGCCCGUCUCCGACGAUACGAAGCCGCGCGUCCUGGGCGAGUGGGGCAAGGAGACCAUGGCCCAGAGCCCGCCGGGCCUGCGCGAGACCUACUACACGCUCACCGUCAAGGCUGACGUCGGCAUCCUCGAGUUCGCCCGCAAGACCUACUUCGAGAGCGUCGGCGACGCCGUCGGCGACGUGCCGGGCGUCCUGCCCAACAUGGUCACGCAGGGCAUCACGAUCCCGCAGCUCGAGCAGAUGCAGAAGAACGGCGGCAACGCGCUCGGGCUCAGGCCCGAGGACGGGCCCCUCUACAUCAUCAUGAUAGCCUCCAUGUGGAAGAACAAGGAGGACGACGCGCGGGUGCAGACCUUCAUGUCGGACGUGAUGCGCAAGGUCAAGGCCGAGGCCAAGGCCCGGAAGCUCGACCACCCCUACAUCUACAUGAACUACGCCAGCCAGUACCAGGACGCCAUCGCCAGCUACGGCGAUGAGAUAAAGGCCCGCCUCAAGUCGGUCGCCUCCCGCUACGACCCGGCCGGCGUCUUCCAGCUGCUCCAGCCCGGCGGCUUCAAGCUCGACCGGGCCCCGACCCCGGACGCGGCCUUCUUCUCGCACUAAGCGCAGCGGGCAUGGUUGACUAGCGACCUACAGUCUUAAUUAGUAAAACUUAAAUUUCUGUGUUCCCCG